AUGGCACCCGGUCGACUCGAUGACCAGGGUCGAACAUUGAAGCCUAGUCAUGUACUGAACCCAGAUCAGCGCAGGAAGAGCCAGCUCGCGAGUCUAGCGAGGAUGCCAUCUAACCCGCUUGCUCCGAAGCACUCGGGCCGCAUAGCUGGACGGAAAACCCCUCAUUACACGGUGUCGAAAGAUUGUAGUCGGCGAGAGCAUGUCAACCGCGACACUCGAUUAAAGCGGAUCAUGGGCGGCCUUGAGGAGUCGAAUGGACCUACCGCAUACUCUUCUGGCAUAUUAGGGAGUUCUGCUGUGACGACAGCAAAUUCUUUUCAGAAAAUAGCCUCGAGUUCCGCUAAACUUUUGCGUCCAAAACCUGGAGACAAGACAUUGCCUCAAAGCUCAAUGGGCCCGGAUGCGCCCAGUUUGCCUGGUCUCAUAAGUCCCAUACGAUCAGAAGAUACAGACUUCCUGUUCGGAGAGUGGGAUGAUUUGUUUUCUGGAGAUAGAUUCAUUCUCUCCGCGGGGCGUCGCGAGAUUGUGAUGGCACAGGAAGCGGCUGCGCAAAGCCAACAAGGGUGGAAAGAUAAGCAUGGGCAAGGCCUGCGGACGAAAAAGAAAUGUAUGAGUGGCGUUUCCACAUUGGACACGCCAAACGUGAUGAUCUCAGAACAACGUGGCCAUCAUUCCAGUUCGCGCCAGCAUACGCUGAGGGGUCAAAAUUACAGGUCUCAUAAUCCGUUCAGGGAGUUCAUUGCUGCCAGGGGCACCCCGGAUACUACUGCAGCCAAGACAGGCAGAGGUCGAGGGACCUUCACUCCCGCCGAAAUUCAAAGGGCCUAUAAGCAAGCCCAAAUGUUACAGCAAAAGGCUUUUCCUCUCAGCAUAGCAACACAAUCAUUCAGCAAACUUGCCAGAGCCGAUAGGGCUGAGCCAACACGAACAAUUCCCCAUGCCAGUCAAACGGUACAGAUGAGGCAUGACGCCCCUCCUCCAUCACAAUAGGACGACCGAUUCGUUUUACACCGCCGUCCCCGGAGUCCGAUAUAUCCC